AUGCUCAACUCCACAAACGCCUGCGGGGGCGAAGUGUAUGCCCCCAUUCGUCCUCAGCUCAAGACCGCGCACGUGCAGAGCAUGGAGCAAUACGAGGCCAUGUACACGCGUUCGAUCGAAGACCCUGAGCAGUUCUGGGGGGAGCUCGCUCGAGCGAACUUGGACUGGUUUCGAGACUUUGAUCAGACCGUCACGGGCGCGAUCGGCAAGGGCGACAUGGCUUGGUUUCUCAACGGUCAGACGAACGUGAGUGUCAACUGCAUUGACCGCCACGUCAAGACACACGCAGACAAGGUGGCGAUUAUCUGGGAAGCCGAUGAGGUUGGCCAGGGCCGCAAGAUCACGUACGCUGAGCUACUGGAAGAGACGUGCCGGGUCGCCAAUGCCAUGAAACAUGCAGGGGUCAAGAAGGGCGACACGGUCGCUAUCUACAUGCCCAUGAUCCCUGAAAUUGCCUUUGUCAUGCUGGCUUGCACUCGUAUCGGAGCUGUGCACAGUGUCGUGUUUGCCGGCUUCUCGGCCGAAGCUCUGCGCGACCGCCUCAUUGAUGCUUCCACCCAAUGGGUCUUCACUUCCGACGAGGGCAAGCGUGGCGGCCGCACGCUACCUCUCAAGCAGAUUGUUGAUGUUGCAGUGGAUGGUCUCGAGUUUGUUCGCAACGUGUUUGUCUUCAAACGCACGCGGAAUCCAGAAGUGAAGAUGAACGCAAGGAUUGACAUUGACAUGGACAACGAGAUGCAGCGUCAUCGUCCGUAUUGUCCUGCCGAGUGUAUGGACUCAGAGGACCUGAUGUUCAUCCUGUACACAUCGGGGUCAACAGGUUCUCCCAAAGGUAUUGCUCACACGACGGCAGGGUACUUGCUCUAUGCAAUGAUCACUUGUAAAUACACCUUUGACCUACAGCCAGACGAUGUGCACGCGUGUGUCGCGGACGCGGGCUGGAUCACGGGCCACAGCUAUAUCAUCUACGGUCCCCUUGCCAAUGGCGUGACGACUGUGAUGUUCGAGAGCACGCCAAUGUACCCGGAUCACGGUCGGUAUUGGGACCUGAUUCAGCGCCACAAGGUGACCAAGUUCUACACUGCUCCGACGGCCAUCCGUGCGUUAAUGGCCCGCGGCAAUGACAAGAUUGCGAACUAUGAUCUGUCUAGCCUGAAGGUCCUGGGCAGUGUUGGCGAGCCAAUCAACCCAGAGGCGUGGAAAUGGUAUUACGAAGUUGUCGGUAAUCGCCAAUGCUACAUCACCGACACGUACUGGCAAACGGAGACUGGAGGGCACAUUGGUGUGGGCCUUCCAGGUGCCACUCCCAUGAAGCCAGGUUCGUGCGCGAAGCCGUUCUUCGGUAUUGAUUUCGUGAUUACUGAUGAGCACGGCAACGAGAUUAAGGGAAACAACGUCGAAGGUCAGCUUUGCAUCCGCAAACCCUGGCCAGGCUUAGCCCGUACUGUGUAUGGCAACCACCACCGCUAUUUGCAGGUGUACAUGUCGACUCACAAGGGUCUGUACUUCACUGGCGAUGGCUGUCGCCGCGACAAGGACGGCUACUACUUUAUCACGGGCCGUAUCGACGAUGUGCUGUGCACGUCUGGUCACCGCAUUGGCACGGCGGAAAUCGAAAGUACGCUGACGGCACACAACGUUGUUGCAGAGGCAGCAGUGAUCGGGAUCCCGCACGGCAUCAAGGGCGAGGGCAUCUGCUGUUUUGUGGCGCUAGUGGACAGUAUGGAACCGUCGAAGGACGUGGAAAAAGAGCUUGUACAACAAGUUCGUGCGCACAUUGGAGCUUUUGCAGCUCCUGAUCUGGUUGUGCUGGUGCCAGGCUUGCCGAAGACGCGAAGUGGCAAGAUCAUGCGCCGCGUGCUGCGCAAAAUCGCUCAUGGUGAGGAGGACUCGCUUGGCGACGUAUCCACUUUGGCGGACCCGUCGGUCGUGCCGAUCUUGAUUACAAACACAAAAGUAGCGCUCGUUGGAAAAUCAUUUUAA